AUGGCGUCUGCUGAUCUGAGACAGGAGCUGGACUGUUCCAUCUGCCUGAGCACUUAUACAGAUCCUGUAACCCUGAGAUGUGGCCACAACUUCUGCCGGGACUGUAUUGAUCAUAUGCUGGAUGCACAGAAGGAGUCUGGAGAGUAUAGCUGCCCUGACUGCAGAGCAGAGUAUCAGGAGCGCCCUGCCCUGGAGAAAAACAGGAAGCUCUGCAACAUAGCAGAACAUGUCCGCUCUAUUCCAGAGGAGGAAACCGGGGUGUUCUGCACUUACUGUGUCCAAUCUCCAGUACCUGCUCUUAAAUCCUGCAUCAAGUGUGAGGCUUCGCUGUGUGAUACACAUUGGAGGACACACAACAAGUCAGCAGAACACGUCUUAGUUGACCCCACCACUUCCUUGGAGAAGAAAAUAUGCUCUGUCCAUAAGGAGCUCUUCAGAUAUUACUGCACUGAGGAUGCUGCCUGUAUCUGUGCGUCCUGCUGUCUGAUCGGGGAGCGCAGGGGACAUCAGAUGGAAUCACUGGAUGAGGCCUCUAAGAAGGAGAAGCUGAGAGAUGUUCUGCAGAAGCUGACCACAAAGAGAGAGGAGGCUGAGAUAAGAGUCCAGAGUCUGCAGGAGCGAAGGAGAGAAGAUCAGGGAAAAGCAGCUGGUGUAACAGAGAGAGUCACUGCCCUAUUUAGAGACAUCAGGAGAAAGCUGGAGUACCUGGAGAAGAGAGUCCUGGAUGAAAUAUCCAGGCAGGAACAGCGCGUUUCACUCUCAGUCUCUGAUCUGAUCCAGCAGCUGGAGAUAAAGAAGGACGAGCUGUCCAGGAAGAUGCGUCACAUUGAGGAGCUGUGUAACAUGUCUGAUCCAGUGACUGUGUUACAGGAACCAGACACAGGGGACUUGUGUGAUACUGAGGAGCUGAGUAACAUGUCUGAUCCAGAGACUGGUGUAGAAAAAGGGUCAGAUAUGGGGGAUACUGAGGAGGAGGAUAGUGAGGAUGAUAGUGAGGAUGAGACUGAGGAGGUAGAGAUACAUAAGGUAGGAGAUCUGGAUGUGGGUCUCAUCUCAGGGACGUUACGCACAUUAUCUGAUAUAAUAACAGGGAUAAAUGUGUGUUUCUAUGUGCAGGACCCUGCAGACAUAUUACUGGAUGUAGCCACAGCUGGUAAUAAUAUACAAAUAUCUGGGGACAGGAAAAGCACAUCCAGGUCAGAUAUAGACCAGUAUCACCCAGGAACACCAGAGAGAUUUCAGUGUGAUCAGGUAAUAAGCACCAGGGGAUUCUCCUCAGGGCGACAUUACUGGGAGGUGGAUGUUAGUAAGUCAGUGAGGUGGAGGGUGGGGAUGUGUUACCCCAGUAUAAACAGGAGAGGAUAUAAGUCAUACAUUGGAUAUAAUACCAAGUCCUGGUGUCUGUGUAAGAAGUAUAAUAAUCAGUACAUGGUGACACAUGACGGUACAGAGAUCUUGUUACCUGACUAUAUCCCCUGUGACAGAGUGAGAUUGUAUCUGGAUUAUGAGGCAGGACAGCUGUCCUUUUAUUCUCUGUGUGACCCCAUCAGACACUUACACACCUACACUGCCGCCCUCACUGAGCCCCUCCAUGCUGCAUUAUAUGUAGGGAAAGGGUGUAUAACUGUAUGUGGGGGAGUCAGGAGCUGAGAGAUAUUGCCAUAAGACAUCUGCCCAGAGACUGGUGACAUCACAAGGAUGGGAAUCUGAUUGGUGGGACACUCUGCCAAUAGAAUGAGGCAGUGGGAGGAGGUACAGCUGUGUAUAUUAUGCUGGUCACAUGCCAGCCCACUUCUUCCCAACGUGUGUUGUCACAGUACUCGGGGGCAGUGUGUGCAGACCUCUACGUGUUCUGUGCCGGGUGUGUUAGGGAGUAGUUAGUAUUGUGCAGUGUGGGUGUGGUGUAGGCGUGUCUGGGGCGAUGUUAGGGAGUUGUAGGUGUUAGGGAGUAGUAAGUAUUGUGCAGUGUUAGUGUGGUGUAGCAGUGUGUGGGGCGGUGUUAGGGAGUAGUAAAUAUUGUGCAGUGUGGGUGUGGUGUAGCCGUGUCUGGGGCAAUGUUAGGGAGUAGUAAGUAUUGUGCAGUGUUGGUGUGGUGUAGCAGUGUGUGGGGCGGUGUUAGGGAGUAGUAAAUAUUGUGCAGUGUGGAUGUGGGGUAGCAAUGUGGGGGCAGUGUUAGGGAGUAGUAAUUAUUGUGCAGGUGGGUGUGGUGUAGCAGUGUGUGGGGCAGUGUUAGGGAGUAGAUAGUAUUGUGCAGUGUGGGUGUGGUGUAGCAGUGUGUAGGGCUGUGUUAGGGAGUAGUAAGUAUUGUGCAGUAUGGGUGUGGUGAAGCAGUGUGUAGGGCUGUGUUAGGGAGUAGUUAGUAUUGUGCAGUGUGGGUGUGGUGUAGCAGUGUGUGAGGCGGUGUUAGGGAGUAGUAAGUAUUGUGCAGUAUGGGUGUGGUGUAGCAGUGUGUGGGGCGGUCUUAGGGAGUAUUAAGUAUAUUGUGCAGUGUGGGUGUGUUGUAGCAGUGUGUGGGGUGGUGUUAGGGAGUGGUAAGUAUUGUGCAGUGUGGGUGUGUUGUAGCAGUGUGUGGGGCAGUGUUAGGGAGUAGUAAGUAUUGUGCAGUGUGGGUGUGUUGUAGCAGUGUGUGGGGUGGUGUUAGGGAGUGGUAAGUAUUGUGCAGUGUGGGUGUGUUGUAGCAGUGUGUGGGGCAGUGUUAGGGAGUAGUAAGUAUUGUGCAGUAUGGGUGUGGUGUAGCAGUGUGUGGGGCGGUCUUAGGGAGUGGUAAGUAUAUUGUGCAGUGUGGGUGUGGUGUAGCAGUGUGUGGGGCGGUGUUAGGGAGUAGUAAGUAUUGUGCACUGUGGGUGUUGUGUAGCAGUGUGUAGGGCUGUGUUAGGGAGUAGUAAGUAUUGUGCAGUGUGGGAGUGGUGUAGCAGUGUGUAGAGCUGUGUUAGGGAGUAGUUAGUAUUGUGCAGUGUGGGUGUGUUGUAGCAGUGUGUGGGGUGGUGUUAGGGAGUGGUAAGUAUUGUGCAGUGUGGGUGUGUUGUAGCAGUGUGUGGGGCAGUGUUAGGGAGUAGUAAGUAUUGUGCAGUGUGGGUGUGUUGUAGCAGUGUGUGGGGUGGUGUUAGGGAGUGGUAAGUAUUGUGCAGUGUGGGUGUGUUGUAGCAGUGUGUGGGGCAGUGGUGCAAGUGGGCGGGUACGGGUGGGUACGGCGUACCCGUAAGAAUUUAGCCGUGGGUACGCCGUACCCACACCGACGGGCCGCCGCUCCUCUUCCCUCCCUCCCUCUGCUGGCUCCACGCCGUACUCGCCGCACCGCCGCUGAUGUGAGGGGAGGAGAGCGCAGCCUGCGCCUCUCCUUCCCCUCAGUCUCCGGUGGGUGUCAUAGUUUAAUUCAGCGCCGAUCCGUGAGCCAAUCAGAGCUCGCACCGCGCGCGCACACAGUACCCGUAAGACAUUUUUUCUACUUGCACCACUGGUGUGGGGCAGUGUUAGGGAGUAGUAAGUAUUGUGCAGUAUGGGUGUGGUGUAGCAGUGUGUGGGGCGGUCUUAGGGAGUGGUAAGUAUAUUGUGCAGUGUGGGUGUGGUGUAGCAGUGUGUGGGGCGGUGUUAGGGAGUAGUAAGUAUUGUGCAUUGUGGGUGUGGUGUAGCAGUGUGUAGGGCUGUGUUAGGGAGUAGUAAGUAUUGUGCAGUGUGGGAGUGGUGUAGCAGUGUGUAGGGCUGUGUUAGGGAGUAGUUAGUAUUGUGCAGUGUGGGUGUGUUGUAGCAGUGUGUAGGGUGGUGUUAGGGAGUGGUAAGUAUUGUGCAGUGUGGGUGUGGUGUAGCAGUGUGUGGGGCAGUGUUAGGGAGUAGUAAGUAAUGUGCAAUGUGGGUGUGGUGUAGCAGUGUGUAGGGCUGUGUUAGGGAGUAGUAAGUAUUGUGCACUGUGGGUGUGGUGUAGCAGUGUGUAGGGCUGUGUUAGGGAGUAGUUAGUAUUGUGCAGUGUGGGUGUGUUGUAGCAGUGUGUGGGGUGGUGUUAGGGAGUAGUAAGUAAUGUGCAGUGUGGGUGUGGUGUAGCAGUGUGUGGGGCAGUGUUAGGGAGUAGUAAGUAAUGUGCAGUGUGGGUGUGGUGUAGCAGUGUGUGGGGCAGUGUUAGGGAGUAGUAAGUAUUGUGCAGUGUGGGUGUGGUGUAGCAGUGUGUGGGGCAGUGUUAGGGAGUAGUAAGUAAUGUGCAGUGUGGGUGUGGUGUAGCAGUGUGUGGGGCAGUGUUAGGGAGUAGUAAGUAUUGUGCAGUGUGGGUGUGGUGUAGCAGUGUGUGGGGCAGUGUUAGGGAGUAGUAAGUAAUGUGCAGGUGGGUGUGGUGUAGCAGUGUGUGGGGCAGUGUUAGGGAGUAGUAAGUAUUGUGCAGUGUGGGUGUGGUGUAGCAGUGUGUGGGGCAGUGUUAGGGAGUAGUAAGUAUUGUGCAGUGUGGGUGUGGUGUAGCAGUGUGUGGGGCAGUGUUAGGGAGUAGUAAGUAAUGUGCAGUGUGGGUGUGGUGUAGCAGUGUGUGGGGCAGUGUUAGGGAGUAGUAAGUAUUGUGCAGUGUGGGGCGGUGUAGCAGUGUGUGGGGUGUUUAUGACAGUUGGAGCAGGGAUAAGGCAUUUCCUAGUCUGAUACUUAGUAUCAUUUUAUUCUGUACAGGAAACAUGACCUGCAAAUAAACAGAACCUGGAACCAAA